AUGUUACCAGUGUUGUUGAUAUUCUCAAAAAACGGUUCACGAAGCAAUUGGUCGGAUAUUAACUGUGAUGAAGUUGAUGAAAUUUAUAACAUCCAGAACAAUUUUUUAUGGCAGCAUCGAGGUGGCAGCUAUGUUUUACUGUUGUACGGCCUGGUAUGCAUUUUUGGAACACUAGCCAACUUAUUCGUUCUGAUUGCAUUCUUACGAACUUCACACAUACGUAACUUACGCAACUAUUUUAUUGCAAAUUUAGCUAUGUCAGAUUUUUUAUUAUGCGUUGUCACCGCACCUGUCACACUUUAUCUUACGAGAAAUUUGUUUUGGCCAUUUGGCAGUUUUGCUUGUCAAACGUUAGCUUCGGUGCAAGCUGUAAAUAUGUUCGUAUCGUGCAUGACACUUGUGCUAAUUGCUAUGGAUCGGGUCUUAUUGACUUUCUGUCCAAUUAAAUGGAAGCUUGCUGCAGUAGCUCCAGUUAUGUGUUACUGUAUUGUUUGGCUGGCAUCGAUUGUGAUUGCAGCGCCGUACUUUUUUGCAGUUAAUGCUGAAGAUGUCAUGCUUGAACCGUGGAAUCAACCCUACAUUGAUGUUACGCUUCAUAUAUGUGGUCGUAGGCGACCGCAAACAUGUGUCGAAAAAGCCUGGCAUCGUUUGCCUUUUUCAAGACGUACGUACACGCUUUCAGUGCUAGCCAUCCAAUACUUGCUUCCACUUGCAGCUUUAGCAUUCAGUUAUUCACAAAUUGGUUCUGCAAUCUACAAACGUGUCAAAGCGAGCACAACGAUAGGUCAGAAGCGUCGACAAGUUAUGAUGCAAAGAAAUAGAAAAGCGGUGUUGUUGCUGGCAUUAUUAGUAUUGAUUUAUGCAACAGCAUGGUUUCCAAUGAAUGCUUACAAUGUUCUAAAUGUUCUCGAAGUAAUCGAAUUCUCUCAGUACAGAUAUUUGUUUUGUCAUUUGGUUGGAAUGACAUCUGCAUGCAUAAAUCCCAUCUUGUAUGCACUGAUAAAUGAUAGUUUUCGAACGGCUUUCAUUUCUAUUCUUCGCCCAGUUAUUCGUCCAUGUGCAAGAUAUACUACUGUCUCAACAAAUCAGCAAAGCACUUUUGCUUUUUCUUUUAACGAACGUGAGCUAGUCAACCAUAACAAAGCACAAAUAUCAAUUUAA